AUGUCUGUGUCCACAGAGGAGUUCGUGGUGAUUGGCUCCUCGGACCCCAUUGUGGCAGUGCUGGGUGGGAACAUCACGCUGCCAUGUCGUGUGUUUCCGGCCAUGAAUGUGGAGAACAUGGAGCUGCGGUGGUUCCACUCCAAUUUCUCAGAAGCAGUGUUCAUCUAUCAAAACCAGCAGGAGCAGAGAGAGGAGCAGUUGGCCCAGUACACAGGGCGCACCUCACUGGUGAAGGAAUUCCUCACCUGGGGGGAGGCCAUCCUGCACAUCCAGAAUGUCCAGGCUUUUGACAAUGGCCUAUAUACCUGUUUCUUCAGAAAGGGCAGCUUCUCUGAAUCUGCCAGUUUGGAACUGAAGGUGGCAGGUGUGGGCUCUGGCCCUCAAGUGCACAUCACAGGGCCAGAGGAGGAUGGGGUCCGAGUGGUGUGUAAGGCGUCAGGGUGGUUCCCAAAGCCCCAGGUGCAGUGGAGAGCCCUCAGUGAAGAGAAGUUCCUGAUGUUCUCUGAGAUCCAUGUCCAAAAUGCUGAAGGGCUGUUCAGUGUGGAGGCUGCUCUGGUGGUGAAACACAGGUCUUCAAGGAAUGUGACCUGCUCCCUCCUCAACCCAAUCCUGAGCCAGGAGAAGGCAAUGGCCAUUUUCAUCCCAGAGGACUUCUUUCCCCAGACUUCUCCCUGGAUGUCAGCUUUCAUGGGGAUCCUGACCUUGAUGAUGCUCUUACUCCUUGGGACUGCCUACUACACCAAAAGAGAACAUACUGCAAAGUGCCAGGAGAUGCAGGAAUGGGAGAAACUCCACAGGGAAAAGGAGGAGGACCAGUGGGCAAAGGAGGAGGCACUGAAGGCCAGAGAUGAACUCCAAGCAGAUCUUGACUGGAGGAAAUCUGUUUACCUGGCUG